AUCAAUAAAAAUCCUCAGAUAAAAAGAAUAUAAUAUUUUAUUUUUAAACAACAUCAAACAGUGUAUACUAUAGUGUGUAUGUUUGUGUUUUAGUAUAUAAAUUAUAUAAUAAUAUACAGUUAAAACAUCCAUAUAUUUUUAUGCAUAGAGAAAUAAUUUUAAAAAAAUAAAAAAAUAAAAAUAAAAUAAAAUUUUUUAAAAAAAUAAUAGUAAUUUUCUAAAAAAAUAAAAAAAUAAAAUUAUUAUUAUUUAAACCGUAUUUCCAAAUAAAAAAAUAAAAUAAAAAUUAAAUAAAAUAAAUAAUAACCUAACAACAAAGCAAAUCCUCUCUUUUCUAAAUUCCUUUGAUUUAGAAAAAAAAAAAAAAAACAGUAUAGUUUAAAACAACAAUAAAACUAAAUAAAUAAUUAUCCUGUUUGUGUGUAUUUUUUUAUUUUUUAUAAUAAUAAUAAAUUUAAUAAUAAAAUAAUUAAUUAAUGGUAAAAUCAAUAGUUUCUUAUUUAAUUCACCCAAUAUAUUCAAUCAGUCCAUAAACAGUUAAAUAUAUUAAUACAUCAAGAUAAAGUCAAGUAUCAAAACUAUUAAAAAACGUAUUAUAGAAAUAAAAGAUUUUUAUUUUAUUUCAAUUAGAACUGGCAACCUCAAAUUAUUUUAAUUUUCAAAUAAAUUUAAUAUAAAAGAAAAAAAAACAAGGUAGAAGAAAUGCAGCCUGUACCAAAUGACCCAAAUUUAUCAUUGUUAAGAUCACUUUUUUUAGACCCAAACAAUCGGUGCUGUGCUGAAUGUAAUUCACCGAAUGUACCAUAUGUUUGCAUUAAAUUAGGAGUAUUUAUUUGCCCAACAUGCGCACAUUUUUUGAGCACUAUAGGAUUUAAAGUUAGACCAAUUAUGGGCAGCUCAUUUACAGAGGAUGAUAUAUCAAGAUUACAAUCAAUUGGUAAUUUAGUCUCAAAACAAUUUUGGUUAGCAAGAUGGUCACCAAUGGAAAUUCCAAUGCCACCACCAGACGAUCCAAAACUUGAAGCAUUUUUACGUUUAAAAUAUAUAGAAAAAAGAUGGACAUCCUCUUUAUCAACUUCGGAUGGUUUUUCUUCACCCUCUGGUCAAAUCCAACAACCACAACAAAACUAUAAUAAUUUAAGUAAUGGCCACCAUAAUAAUAUAGGUACUAAUGGGAUUAAUUUGGCUCAAUCAGAUGUUGUCCCAAUUGUAAAUAAGCAAUCACAACAGCAACAGCAACAGCAACAACAACAACAACAGGGCUUUUCACCAUUCCAAUCACCUCAUUCUUCACCAAAACCAGGUAGACACUUAAUUGAUGAUUUUAUGGGAAGUUGUAGUAAUUCAAGUAAUAGUUUUAAUAAUGGAAAUCCACUAAAGUUUAGCGGAGGAAUGCCGCCACAACAAAAUGGAGUUUAUAAUCAACAGUUAAAUAAUAAUAGUAAUAAUAAUAAUAAUAACAAUAAAAUGCCAUUUGACCCAUUUUCACCAAUAAAGCCAUAUGAAAAUAAUAGUGGUAAUAAUAGUACUAAUAACAGUGGCCAACAUGAUUUCCAAACCACAUCUCCAUAUGGACAACCACUUUCAACAUCUGGUAAUACUUUAAUUGAUAUUUUAGGUCAUCCAGCUAAAUCCAAAUCACCUUCACCUUCAAAUACACCACAGGGUUUAUCACCACAGCAUCAUUCUUCAGAUUUUAAAGUUCAUUUAAUAGAUAUACCAAAUAAUGCUAAUGGUAUUGGUAAUUUAACAAGUGGAAAUAGCUCAAGCCAACCAUUACCUCAACUUCACUCUCCUUCAAAUCCAUUUUCAUCAUCAAACCAUGAACCUCUAAUAAAUUUACAUGAUGAUUUACAUAAUAGCAGUAAUGGUAACCACCAAAUGACUUCACCAACACCUCAACAAAAUUUAAGUAAAAGUAACCCAUUUGUAGAAAAUAAACACCCAAAUCAUUUACAUCAUCACCAUCGUCAUCACUCUGCAAAUAUUAGUAAUAGUGAUUUAUCAUCCAUAUCAUUUACAUCAUCACCAUCACCCUCACCUUCUUUAGGUUAUCAAAAUAAUCAAAACCAAAAUAAUAUAGUGAAUAAUUUUUCAAAUUUAGGUAUAACAGGUUCUACAUCAAGCACAAGUAGCAGUUCAAAUAUAACGAUAAAUAAUAGUAAUAUAAAUAAUAAUAAUAAUAAUAAUAAUAAUAGUAACAACAAUAAUAAUAUAAACAAUAAUAAUAUACAUAAUAAUUCUAAUAGUUCUAAUAAUAUAAGUACAAGUGGUGGUCAAAUGGUAUCUCCAUCACCAUCACCAAAUCCAUUUUUACCUGUACAAAUUUCAAAUUCAGCAAAUAAUACAAAUCAAAAUAAUAUAGUUACUCCUAUUCCAAUCAAUCCAUUUUUUGAUCAACAACAUCCAAAUAGACAAUCGAAUCAAGUUCAACAUCCACAACAAAUGUAUAUUCAACAACAACAACAACAGCAACAACCACAAACCCCACAAACUCCACAGACUCCACAGACUCCACAUCAAUAUCUAUCACCAUCUUCUGCACCAUUACAACCUGUAAUUCACUCACCAAUACCAUUACAACCACAACAUUCUUCUUCACAAUUUUUAAAUCAACAAUUCUAUCAACAACCAAUCCAGCCACAAUCACCAACUCCUCAAGCCCAACAACCAGCUGCUCCACCACCAUCAUCCACUCCACAACCACUUCACAGUAGCACUGAUGAGGACCCAACAGUUUUGGAGGUUUUAAAUUUGAAGAAGCUUUAUGAUAUGAGCAUGAUGGACAAAGAAGAGUUCGAGCACAGAAGGAGACAAAUUAUUGAUAAUUUAACUAAAACAACUUCUCCAAUUCCACAAGGACCACCUCAACCAGUUUCAGCACCAGCAGUACAACAGCAACCACAACAACAACAACAACCAAUUCAAACACCACAACAGCAACCACCACAACCACAAUCUGCACCAGUUUCACAAGCUACUCCACAAGCUGCAAUGCCAGCUGCAGUCCCAAUUCCAGACCCAAGAUUAACAGGGACUGAAAGAGUUAUUAGACAUCGUUUUGAUGCCAAAUUAGGAAAAUGGGUACAAACAGCCACAAUUGUAAUUACCGAGCCAACUCCAUUUGCAGAAGGUGCAAUGAGAAAAGCAUUUAGAAUGAAAGAUUUAUCUGCAGAAGGUCCUUCAUCGCAAAUGGUUGCUAAAUUAUUUAAAGAUGCUAAUGAAGAUAGAAUGGUUUAUUUUAAAGAUGUAGAGAUGCAAACUUAUGCCAAAGAAAUUGCAGAACGUUUCAAUCUUAAAGGUCCACCAAAGAAAAUUGAUUUUGUGCCAGCAUUUGUUAUGGAGUUAGUCGAACGUCAAGGAAAACCAUUCUGUGCAGUAGAGUACUUUAUUGAGGGAAAGUAUGAAAAGCAUAAUAAUAAUUUUGGUUACAAAAACGAUUUUGAUAGAAAUACACCACAAGCAUUCAGCCAUUUUAGUUAUGAAGACUCUGGAUGUCAAUUAAUUGUUGUUGAUAUUCAAGGUGUUGGUGAUGUUUAUACUGAUCCACAAAUUCAUUCAGCUGAUGGUCAAGGUUUUGGCAAGGGCAAUUUAGGCAUUGAGGGUAUUAAGAGAUUCUUUUCAACUCAUCAAUGUAAUCCAAUUUGCCAUUUCCUUGGUUUAUCAGCCGUCAAUCCCAAACCUGCAAACGACGAGUCUGGUACAAUGCCAAAACCACCUUCAUUAGGUCAAGGUGGUUCUUAUAUUCGUCCUUCUGUUUAUCCUCCAAACCUAUCACAGUCCUUUUCUUUUAAUUUCCCACCAUUAAAAGAUCAACAAAAUAACAAUAAUAUAAAUAACAACAAUAAUAAUAAUCAAAAUAGUAAUCAAAAUGAUCAACAGUCUGGUCAUGCUCCACCACAAACUCCACUACCUCCACUUCCACAACAAAAAGAAAAACCAAAAAUUGAAGUAUUUGGUGAUAUGCUAAGAAAAUUGGUUUCUUAAAUAAUAAUUAUAAUAAUAAUCUAUACAUAUUGAUUCGAUUUGUAGAAUAUUCAAAAUAAUAUGAAUAAUAAUAGUAUUUGCGUUGUAAAAUUAAUAUCAAUAAUAUCAUUCUGUAAAUAAUGGUAUUCCAAC